UUUAAACAACAAGACCACUUGUAUAUUCACAUUUUUCAUAGCCUUCCUUUUCAGAACAAGAAAAAUGGCUUCUCUUCAUCUCCGUUCGAUCAGUUGGCCUUCAAGAUCUCAUCCUCUAACUGUAACCAUAGAGGAGCAACUUCACAAGUUAAAGACAUCACAGUCAUCAUCAAUAGGCCAUAAACUGGCUGCCCUUAAAGACUUGUCUGAGUGUAUUGAUGAGUUUCUUCAACUAUCACUCACUCAACAAACUCUCUCUCACGAGAAGCAAAACCAAUCUGUGGAGGCGACAGUGAAUGGGUCCUUGGGUUUGUUGGAUAUGUGCCAAACCACUAAAGAAUUUUUCUCACAGAUGAGGGAUUGCGUGCAGGGGCUACAAUUGUCUCUCCGUAAAAGAAAAGGCGGAGAAUCCGGCUUGAUUGGAAUUGAUUCAUACAUGGUAUCAAGAAAAAAUUUGAAUAAAGCGAUCCGGAAGUACCAAAAACAUUUAAAGAAACAGGACAAGAAUCGCAGAAUAACAACCUUGGCCAACAAGUCCAGUUUGGGGGAUGUUGUUGUCACGCUAAAAGAUUUCGAGGAAAUUAGUGUUGCAGUGUUUGAAUCAAUUUUAUCUUUCAUUUCUAAGGCAAAGGAACAAUCAAAGCUCUCUGUUGUCUCAAAAUUAUUGCAACCGAAGCAUGUAUCAUGUGAAGGGGAAGUUGAAGCCAAUGAGGUGGAGAAGGUUGAUGCUGAAUUGCAAGUCUUGAAAUCCAGAAAAGACAUCAAUCAGAUGCAAAAUGCUUUGAAAGGAUUGGAGGCAUUGGGAUUGAGCCUUCAAGAAGCAGAGGAGGAGUUAGAUUGUGUUUACAGGAGAUUGGUGAAAAUUAGAGUAUCUCUUCUUAACAUUUUGAAUCAUUAGGGUUAGGGGAUGCUUCCACCAGCACAGAUUUUGUACUAUAGAAUCUUAUACCAAACUGUAGAUACAUAUACACAUAUCAAAUGAAAAUACUCAGAACGAGAAGAUU